ACAAAGAAACCCCAAAAUACAUAUCGUCGUCUUCGUCCCCGUCAUCAUCAUCGUCCACAAAAUUAUAUUCCCAUUCUGUCACUUCACUGAAGCACUUCACACGAAUCACAACAAGCUUCAAUCCUAAUGGCUCAAGCUAUGGCAUCGUCUUCAAUGGCUGGCUUACGUUCUUCCUCUCAACCCGUGUUCGAGGGUAGCUCUCGCUUGAACGCCUCCGGCAACGGAAGGACUCUCUCAUUGAUCCGUCCUGGGCUCGUUGUCAGAGCCCAGCAAGGCCAAUCUGAGCCGGAGACAAGCCGCCGUGCCGUGCUCGGACUCGUCGCCGCCGGUCUGGCCACUGGGUCUUUCGUUCAGGCCGUCCUUGCUGACGCCAAGACCAUCAAAGUUGGCCCUCCUCCCCCGCCGUCCGGUGGUCUGCCUGGUACACUGAACUCCGAUGAGCCAAGGGAUCUGCAGUUACCAUUGAAGGACAGGUUCUUCCUGCAGCCAUUGGGGCCGAGCGAGGCGGCGCUGAGGGCGAAGGAAUCGGCGAAGGAGAUACUGAACGUGAAGGGACUGAUCGACAAGAAGGCAUGGCCGUACGUUCAGAACGAUCUGCGUUUGAGAGCAGAGUACCUUCGCUAUGAUCUCAACACUGUUAUCUCUGCUAAGCCUAAGGACCAGAAGAAGUCGCUCAAGGAACUCACCGGCAAGCUCUUCCAGACCAUCAGCAAUUUGGAUCAUGCUGCAAAAAUUAAGAGCACACCAGAGGCAGAGAAGUAUUACGCAGAGACAGUAUCUACCCUGAACGAUGUUCUUUCCAAGCUUGGUUAAUAAUUAUAAAUAAUUACUAAUAAAAUUCCAUGCUCCUUUUCUUCUCCUCUAUGGUUUGUGUAUGCUUUGCGUCAGACAGUUUGUGAAUUGGAUGCUAUUUCAAGGAAAAUCAAAUGAGGAAAAUUUUAUCGCCUGCUCA